UUUGAAGGAAAACAAAUGAAACAUUAAUUUAGAAAACAAAAUUAAUGAUUAUUUUUAAAUAUGAUAUAAUAUUUCAACACAAUUAAGUAGAUAUAUAAUAUUUUAGGUCCACACACGAACGCUUACUUGAGUUUUAAAUACUUAUGUCGUCUACGAAAAUAUUAAAAUCGUAAAGCCAUAUUCUACUACACACGGCUCUAUUUCAAGUAAGCAGCAUUUUUUUGUAUUUGAUUAUUACAUCGUUACUGACGUGAGAAUUUGAUUUGAUCAUGCCUUUUUAACAUUACAUAUAGGUGCAUUUUUAUUUUACAACUUAUACAUCUGCUGCAGAAAUAGAUAAAUUAAUACGUGUUAAUGAUAUAAAUAGUCAAUAUGAUUAUGAACACAAAGUCUAUUAUCAAGGAUCGUCUCUUGCCUAUUAGUGAAAAUUAAGAAAAGAACAUACCGAAGAUAAGUUACUGACUGAAGUACCAUCAAAUAAAUAAUAUGCGUAAAGACACAUAGUGCUCUAAAUAUCAGUCACUAACCUUCGGUGUUGGAGGUCCUUGUUUGGAUCGUAAGCCCCAACAGGCAGGGAGUUUUCCGGACUGGAAUUGUAAGAUUGGUAGUGCUUAAACUACAGCUGUAAUUUGGAAUGUACUCAGAUGCUGCAGUUUCUUCUCACCUUUUCAAUUAAUUCUUAUAAUGCCGUCAUUUAAUUUAAAAUGAUUAUAAAAUAUUUUGUAUGAUAAGGAAUGAUAUGUCUGCCUAUCACGCUGGUCACGCAGACAACAUUAACCUUUCAUUAUACGCACCUUACACUUUAAUUAAACUUCAUCUUUCCAAGCUUAUUUAAUUUGAAUAAAAUUUAUUCUACAUUAAUUCUCUAAAUAGCCCAUUGCGUCGUGAAGUCCAUUAAAGGAGAUCGUUCUGUGCUUCGUACUCAAAUACCAAUGUAGAUUUGACACUGCUGUACAACGGCUGUAAUAUGUUAUUAAACAUUUUGUUUCAGAUCACCCAUCCAACUAACCACACUGACAACAUUUUCUUUGGAAAACACUCAACCAGGUUGCUCUCAUUGGCCUGAUGUGUCAAUUGAAGUAACAAACCCUACAAAGAGCAGUAACAUGCACAGUGACCUGUCCACUACAAGUCAAGUAAAUCACACUGCCAUACCUGACCAUUAUUGGGAUGAAUCAGAUGUUAGUGUUCUACCGUUAUCACCAGCAAGUGAAGUCAAUAGCAAUGGCCUGUCAGAGUAUCCUGCAUCUACAGAAAUAAGUGGAAAAAAUGCAACUGUAUUAGUUCCUGAAACAUCUACCACACCAGUACGAACAAUCAUUCAGGGGCGUCGUAUUUUUGAUAUAAAUCACAUGUUUUCAGAAGUAGCAAGAAUAAGUAGACACAGUAAAAUUUUUGACUGUAGCUUUGAUAAUAUGGUGUUACUUAAAGAAGAGAGAAAAGGGAUGGAAAGUACUUACUACUUCGAAUGUGAUAUGUGUGGUUUUUUCGGAAUCUCCACAAACAAACAAUGGAUGGAUGGAUAUUAAUGAUUCCUGGGUGAGUAGUAUGUUACUAACAGGUCAAGGAUUUACUCAACUCAAAGACAUUACUUCAAAUUUAGAGAUGCCAUGCAUGGCAAAAGAAACUUUUCAAAGACGACAAAGAAAUCUAUCGGAAAUCAUUAAAGAAGUUGCCUGGCAAAAAAUGCAAUCAGCUGGAAAAUAAGAAAUGGAGUUAGCCCUCGAAGCAGGGGAGGUUGAUGAAACUGGAAUACCGGUUAUCUCUGUAAUAACUGAUGGCGCAUGGAGCAAACGAUCUUACGGAACCAAUUUCAAUGCUUUAUCAGGAGUGGCAUGUAUCAUUGGUGCCAAGAACAGAAAAGUUUUAUUUAUAAGCACAAGAAAUGCUUACUGUUGUAUUUGCGCCCGAGCUUCUUCCAAGGGUGAGGAAGUGAAUACCCAUGUCUGCUACAAAAACUGGGCAAAGUCAUCCACUGCGAUAGAAGCUGAUAUUAUAGUCGAGGGCUUCCGGUGCAGCGUCGCAAUGCAUAACUUGAAAUACAACAAAAUAAUAGGACCCCAUGUCGCACCGCAUCAUCGAGAAGCGGCGGCGGGACCGCAUGAACAACUGCCUGGCCGACCUGGCGCGCCUCGUGCCCGCCGACUACCUGAAGAAGGGCCGCGGCCGCGUCGAGAAGACGGAGAUCAUCGAGAUGGCCAUCAAGCACAUGAAGCACCUGCAGGCGCACGCGUGCCGGCAAGUGGACUCGUGCGAGCUGGCGCAGCAGCAGCAGCAGCAGAUGCAGCAGCAGCAGAUGCAGCUGCAGCUGCAGCCCGAGGAGCCGCCGGACAAGCGCGCGCCCAUCUCCACGGAGCACUACCGCCUGGGCUACCAGGAGUGCCUGUCGGAGACCAUGCUGUUCCUGGUGGAGGUGGAGGGCUUCUUCGCCGGCGACCCGCUGUGCGUGCAGCUCAUCAGCCACCUGCAGAAGCACUGCGACAACAUACUGAAGGGGGACCGCCUGAACUGCCCGCGCGCCAGCGGGGAGACCAGCUCCUCGUCGGGCAGCAGCGGGGGCAUCCCGCUGGGCGCCUCGGGCCUCAGCACCGGCUCCCCGGGCUCCGGCUCCAGCAGCGACUCCUCCGGCCGCACGGAGAACCGCGACUCGGGGGUCGGCACCGGCGACCCCGCCUACGAGGAGGGCAUCAUCAACCUGUCCGGCUCGUCGUCGCAGCUGCGGGAGAUGCUGACCGGCCCCAAGCUGUCCGCCGCCCCCGCGCCGAGCGGCCAGAUCCUGCACCGCCGCCUGCAGCACCCGGCCCACUCGCCCGCCCCCGCCCCCGGCGGCGGCUCCGCGGCCUCGCUCUACAAGUUCAAGAACAACAUCAAGCAGAGGUUCUCGGCGGAGCACCACGGCGACGAGGCGGCCGCCGGCAGGAAGAGGCACGCGCUGGACGAGGACUCCAAGAGCACGCUGACGCUGAGCAUGCUGGGCAGGCGGGACAGCGACACGUGCUCCGUGUCCUCGGUGCCCCACUCCCCGCCCCUGAAGUUCCCGCGCCUGCACUCCCCUCCCGCGAGCCCGCCGCCCGCGCACAGACCGCUGCCCGCGCCGUCGUACGGCGUGCCGAUCUUCGCGCUGGACCUCAAGGGCUCGUACUACGUCCCGCUGACGCUCGACGUGGACGUCCUGGCGCCCUACCUGGCGCAGCUGGGGUUCGAGCAGGAGCCCGGCGGCGCGAGCGGCUCGGUGAACGCGGUGCUCCACCCGGUGACCAUCUCGGUGAACUUCCAGAGGGCGCUGCGCACCUCGCCCCAGAGACAGCGGUGCGCGCCCGUGUCGCCGUGGAAGACGGAGUCGCUGGACUUCGCGCCGCGGUGGUCCGUGUGCUCGACCGACCGGGGCUGAGGGCUGCCCGCCCCGCGCUUCCCGUUUCAAGACUGACCUGCACGUUUUAUACGAGCUCCCUGCGGGCGUUGUUCUGUCCAACUUGUUGAGCUUUUUUAUAUGUGGAUAGCUAAAUAAAUACUUUUGUCAUUUUCAUUAAGAUAUAUAUUGUUGAGUACUUAAUUUGCAAUUUUUUACCUACUUAAAACAGUGUAUGAAAUAUUUAUUACCAGGUCUUUGUAAUAUAAAUAUAUUUUUGACACUACCUACUGUAAAAUUAUAUAUUAUAUAUAUAUAAAUACUG